AUGGCUGCAUCGUUGUCUGCACAAAUAGCAACUAUGGUUUCGGAUCUGUACCGUGAACAGGUGAAAGGACGUGUUGUUGAUUGGGAUGUACCUGAGCAGGCCUCUAGUCAACAGGAGAUGAGAAAUGAACCUCAGGUUGGAGGGAUCUAUGUUAGGUUAUUCCUGAAAGAUCCCAAAUUUCCACUUAGAAAUCCCAAGAGAUUUCUUGAAGGGCUGCUGGAUCAGUACCUUACAUCCGUUGCCGCCUCACAAUAUGAUGGCCAAGCUAUUGACACUGAACUUCCUCUACUUCUUUCUGCUGCCACGGUCUCUUUACUCAGGAUGUACCCCGCUCUUGCAGAUCAUGUUGGAUAUCUUGGUUAUGUGCCCAAACUUGUGUCUGCAGUAGCCCAUGGAGCAAGCAGAGAAACAAUAGCUUCAGAAACCUAUGUAUCUGAGGAUGGU